AUGACUACUGCAGAUGACGAAGAGGACGACAGCAAUGAAGAAGAAACGCAAGAAGAAAAAGCUGAGAGAAAAAGUAUAACCGAAGAUUCGAAUUUAUCAGUGGAUAAAUUAAUUGCUAAAUACGGUUACCCGGCAGAAGUGCAUCAUGUCACUACCGAAGAUGGUUAUAUAUUAACAAUGCAUCGUAUACGUAAAGUUGGCGCGCAACCGUUCCUUUUGCAGCACGGUCUCGUUGACAGUUCAGCCGGCUAUGUUAUUAUGGGACCGAACAUAAGUCUGGCUUAUCUUCUAGCCGACCACAAUUACGACAUAUGGCUGGGCAAUGCUCGGGGCAAUCGUUACUCGCGUAAUCAUACAUUCUUAGAUCCAGAAGGUGAAAAAUUCUGGGAGUUUAGUUGGCAUGAAAUUGGUGUGUACGAUUUACCCGCCAUGAUUGAUUAUAUACUUAAGAUAACCCGUUACAAAAGAAUACAAUACAUCGGGCAUUCGCAGGGUUGUACAACUUUCUUUGUUAUGUGCUCUAUGAAACCGGAAUAUAACAAAAAAGUAAUAAUGAUGCAAGCCAUGGCACCGGCAGUUUAUGCCAGCGAAACCGAAGAUCACCCGUACAUAAGAGCAAUGAGUUUGUACUUUAAUUCGUUAGUGGGGAGCGCCAUAACUGAAAUGUUUAAUGGUGAAUUUCGUUUCCUCUGCGGCAUGACCGAAGAAACCGAAAGGCUAUGCAUUGAAGCCGUCUUCGCUAUAGUGGGACGUAAUUGGAAGGAAUUUAAUCGAAAAAUGUUUCCAGUUAUCCUUGGACAUUAUCCGGCCGGAGUAGCGGCAAAACAAGUUAAACAUUUUAUACAAAUAAUCAAAUCUGGACGUUUUGCUCCAUACAGUUAUAGUAAUAGUAAGAAUUAUGCUUUAUACAAAGAACGUGAACCGCCAGCAUAUAAUCUAUCACUGAUAACGGUACCAACCUAUGUAUAUUACUCUACAAAUGAUCUCUUAUGCCAUCCCUCCGAUGUAGAGGAUAUGUAUAAAGAUUUGGGACGACCAAUAGGCAAAUACUUGGUGCCUAUGAAAGAAUUCAAUCAUAUGGAUUUUUUGUGGGCUUUAAAUGUAAGACGUUUAGUUUAUAGUAAAAUGUUACAAGUCUUAAGUAAAACUAAGCAUCACAAAGGUAAUGCAGCUGCUUAUAUACAGUAAACACUUGAUACAAA